CCAAAAACAGAAGCUUUUCAAAGAUGCAUAUUGGUAAACUAAGGGCAGUAAAAGAAGGUGAGUCUCUGAUGAUCGCAAUGAUAGAUUACAAUCUAUAUCUCAUGAAGGUCACUCUCGUGGACAAUGAAAAUCCAUUUAUAGAGUGUAAAGGUAAACUUAACAAAUAAAAUAAGAUAUCUCAAGUUUUCCACUGUGACGGUUUAUUGUUAUGCGUCUUGGACGAUGAUGAUACCAAAGCUAUUGUUUGGAAUCCGUAUUGGUGUCAAACAAGGUGUUUAGAAUUUAGAUAUUCUCAUCGCCCAUAUAGACGGGACAUGUUCAGUUACGCUCUAGGAUAUGAGGACAAGGGUUCUUGUCCUAGCUACAAAUUCUUGAGGUUUAUAGAUCAGUGCGUUGACUAUAAGACCAGAGACGAAUUUCUAUGGUAUGAGAUUUACGAUUUCGACUCUAGUUUAUGGAAGUCUCUUGAUAUCACUCCACACUGGCGUAUACUAUGUCAUCAGCCUGGUGUGUCUCUCAAAGGAAAUACUUACUGGCCUGCUUCACAAAGAAACACAAACGAUGUGAUUGACGAUCACAUUAUCUGUUUCGAUUUUACAAGUGAGAGUUUUGGUCCCCUUCUGCGUCUCCCGUUUGACGCUGGUGAUGAGGACUAUGUGACUUUAUCAUAUGUUAGAGAAGAGAAGCUUGCGGUUUUACUUACGCACAACGAAGCAGGUCCAAUGGAGUUUGAGAUAUGGAUUACUACUAAGAUUGAGGCCGAAAAGGUGUUGUGGAGCAAGUUCUUGAGAGUGUUAGAACCGGAUCAUAACUCUCUGAUUACAGGUGAUAGUUUCUUUAUUGACGAGGACAAGAAAGUCGCCAUGGGUUUUGAAGAAGACUACUCCAAAACUUUCAACAUUGCUGGAGAGGCUGGAUACUAUAAAAAACUGAAAUUCGUAGAACGUUUAGGGGGAAACAUACACUGUAGGGCAAAGGCGUGUUCUUAUGUUCCAAGCCUAGUGCAAAUUAAGCAACCUGCUGCAGUAGGUAAAAGGAAACACCAAAACGACUUAGAAAAGCAACGAUGUGAUCAAAACAUGUCGAGCCUUGUCUCACUUAAUAAGCGCGGCACGGUUUGGUGGUAAUCUGCAGGAGGAAAACACGGUUUGGUUUCAUCUUUUUCUUAUAUAUGUUACAUUUUUUUGGAUGAUGAGUUUUAGGGUUUAAUUAUAGUUUUGUAUUACUUAGGUUUUCGACUUCUCCUCCAUAUAUAUAUAUAUAUCAUCUCUUGGGUUGAGGAAAUGCCUUGUCUUACUGAAUACUAAUAAAGAAUUUUCCACUUUAGAUGCUUUGUUCCAAUUAAAUUCAACAAAAUAAGAAAGCUUAGAUUCUCGAUAUAUUUAUCUACGUUGGAUCAGAUAAGUAACAGAAUGUUCUACGUUGGAUCACAUGUUCUAUGUUCACUGACUCUUUUUUUUUGUCACUAAAAUACUUCAAAUUAAAAUAGGCAUAAAGCCCAGCCCAUGAGGGGUCCAUUACAACAUAGAUAAUCUGAGGGUUUACUUUUCCAGAGCAUCAGCAUCCUCAUUGUUCUUCCUAACGAUAUGAGAAAAAAGAAAUUGAAACAAAUGCAGAUGAUAGAAGGUGGAUAUCCUUGACGAUUCCCAGAAAUUCCUUCCUCUGCUUCUUGUCGUUAAUUGAUCCAAUGAGCGUUAAGUUGUCGGAGUGAAGCCUGAGAUUCGCAAUCUCUUGGUUUCCUGCCAAACGGAGUCCCUCUCUGACUGCUAAAGCUUCAGCUAUCAGUGGUGAGGCGACGUGAUCCUGAAACGAUGAUCCUCUGGUAAUUUCCUUCCCCAAAUUAUCCCAUAAAAUCCAAGCUAAACCGGCUUUACAAGAGAUUGAAUCCCACGCCGCAUCUGUCUUAAUCGUUGUUAUGGUCGAGAGAGGGGGAUGUGGCGCCAUAUCUAUACUCGGACUUCGGCGUAGGUGAGUAUGAUAUUGAUCUAGAUUGGUGGCUUUAGGAUUCUUCAGUUGCGCUGCUCCCCAUUCUCUAGCUAGAGCUAAACUUCUUGAUGCUGUUUCCUCAGGUGAAGAUGGUUUGCCUUUGAAGACAAGCAAGUUCCGGUCUUUCCAAAUAGUCCAGCACACCCAAGGGAAUACGGUUGUUGUUACUCCUGUGGGGGGGGGGAGACAGAUUGAUGUACGAAACCGGACCACUGCUGUAGAGAAGGUGUCUGCUGCAGCUAUGUGAACUGCUUCUUUCAGAGGUAUUCUAGACCAGACUUCCUUUGCAAAUGGACACAAGAGGAAAAUAUGUAAAGGAGAUUCAAUUUCCUUGCAUCUUGGGCAUCUCACGUCUGUAAUGCCUCUUCUCUGCAAAUUUUCUCCUAGAGGGAUCGCGUCCCGGAGCACCGACCAAAGGAAAGUCUUUAGCUUGGGGGAACAAGAUAAGUUCCACACGUCCUUGAUCCAAUUAAACUCGUUUGGUGAUACUACUUCCCUUUGUUCUCUAGAACCGUUUGCAACUGAAUUGUACCUGGAUCUUGUUGUGUAGAUACCUGAAGGAAGAGGGUGCCAGAUGAAACUGUCUUCAGCUCCUACUUGACUUGGUUGUAGAUUCAAGAUUCUCUCCUUGAAUUCAGGUACAAAUCUUGCAAUUCUCUCCGUAUUCCAUUUCAUAUCAUCGGUGAGUAGAUCCGAGACUCUCAUGUCAGAGCUUCUUCUUGUAUAGGUCCGCAUAUCUUCACUUGCUCAUCUAGGGACAGCCAUGAGUCGCUCCAAAUCUUUGUUGUCAUACCAUUGCCAAUGGAUUUUCCUAAGUUCUAUCGUAACAGGUUUCUUCCUUGUAUAAUCCCUCUCCAUCCAUGAGAGCAAGUUGCCGGGAGGUCAACAAUCAGGAAAUUCUUUUUAUGGCAAUACUUGCCACGAAGUACUCUUGCCAGUAAGCUAUCAGGUACAGUGAUAAUUCUCCACGCAAUCUUAGCCAGUAGUGCCUGAUUGAAUAACUGAAUGUCUCUGAAUCCAAGUCCUCCCUCAGCUUUUGAUUUAGUUAGUUUGCUCCAUGCUACCCAACUCAUCUUCCUUUUGUUAUCUGAUCCAUCCCACCAGAACCGUGUGAGCACAGAUUGGAUCCGCUUAUACAUACUCAUUGGAAGCUCAAAGCAAGACAUUGGAUAGGUUGGGAUUGCAGUGAGGACCGCUUUCAACAUAGUCAAUUUGCCAGCCUUGGAGAGGCGUUUUGAUGACCAACUCAGUGCUCUCUGUCGGAUUUUGUCCACAAUGGUUGUGAAGAGGUCUCUCUUGCGCUUUCCAAAGUUCUCAGGUACUCCCAAAUACUUGCCUUCUCCUCCCUCACUUGAGAUUUCUAGAAUUCUUUUUACUUCCUCUUUGUUUGCUGGAGGGGUUUGCUUGGCGAAGGUGAUCGCUGAUUUGUUUUUAUUUAUUUGUUGCCCUGAAGCUGCUUCAUAACUUGUAAGUAUCUCCUUCAGUUAUUGGCAGGAGGCUGGAGAUGUGGAGCAGAAGAACAUUGUAUCAUCAGCAAAUAGCAAGUGGUUAACCUGUGGGCUUCCUUGUGCGACUCUCACUCCCUGUAAGGUUCCUUCUCUUGCUGCCUUUUUACACAAACCUGAUAGGACCUCUCCACAUAGAAUAAAGAGGUAGGGUGAGAUAGGAUCCCCUUGUCUGAUUCCUCUACUUGGUUUGAUUAGUCCAUACACACUGUCAUUGAUUAGAUAAGAGUAGGAGACUGUAGAAAUACACUCCAUAAUCCAGCCUAUCCAUUUACUGUGAAAACCGAGUCUCUCCAUGACCUUUGCCACAAACUUCCACUCCAGCCUAUCAUAAGCUUUAGACAUAUCAGUCUUCACUGUCAUGGAGCAUUGUUUUUUAGCAGUAGUUGUUUUAAGAUAAUGCAAAACUUCAUGGGUAAUCAGAACAUUGUCUGUGAUCGAUCUCCCGGGUAUGAAUGCUGAUUGGUUCUCAGAUAUGAUGGAGCUCAACACUUUCUUGAGUCUUAGGGAUAGCAGCUUUGAUAUGAUCUUGUAAUAAAUGUUACAGAGCGCUAUGGGUCUGAAAUCUGUUGCGGUUGUUGCUUCCAGGUUCUUCGGGAUCAAUCUAACAUACGUAUGAUUGACUGUCGCAGCAAGGGUUCAUGUCCUGAAGAACUGCUGGAUUUCUCGACAUAUUGCUGGGCCGGUUAUCUCCCAGUUUGAUUGGAAAAAUGCAACUGAGAAUCCAUCUGGGCCAUGGGCUUUAUCCGGGUGAAUGGCGAAGGUAGCAUCCUUUAUUUCCUUACAGGUUGGGUUCGCAGUUAACAUUACGUUCUGUUUUUUCAGUAAUGCAGGGACUCAGGGCCUCCUCUAUAAUAUGCAUUCCAUCUGAAGGUGAAGACGUGAAGAGCUUGUUGUAGUAAUCACUGAACACUUUUGAGAUUUGCUCCUCUUCGUAACAAGGCAGACCAUCAUCAUCCUCUAUAACUGACAUCCUGUUUUUUGCCUUUCUUCCUUUUGUAGAGGCGUGGAAGUAUCCCAUAUUUUCAUCUCCCAAAGAUAACCAUAGCUGCCGACUUCUCUGCUUCCAGAAGUUCUCCUCCUCCUUGUAGGUAAGCAUCAGUUUCUCAUUUAUCUCUCUGAUUAGCGCAUCAUUUGGGAUAGGGUCUGACAUCGCCACGUCAAGAUCACCCUUUAACCUUUCUAGAGCUUGUCUACUGUUCUCAUAAAAUAUUUUACUCCAUCUACAUAUAGCUUUGCGACAUAGAGACAGUUUUUCCUCAACCUGAAGGUGAGAGUUGCUUUCCCAUACUUGCUUGACAAUCUCUUUGAUCUCCUGAUUGUCUUUUAGUCUUCUAUCGAACCUGAAGAUUUCAUUCCCCCUCUUUUGUCUAGUGUCCAGGAAUGAGAUCAGUGGGCGGUGGUCAGAGCCCUCAUAGCGCAUGUAUUGGCUUCGACAAGAGGGGAAGAGGUCUGACCACUCUGUGUUACAAAUGGCUCUGUCUAGUCUACAUUGGACCAAGUGAGAGUGUCUUUGCCCUCUCCAAGAAUUGAAACUUCCGCUGUGCCUUAGAUCGAAGAGGUCAUGUGUAGAUAGGAAAGUUCUAAAUGCACUGAAAGUACCCUCCGCUCUGUCAGGUCCUCCACACUUUUCUGAGUUGUCAAUAAGUUCGUUGAAAUCCCCUGAUAGGAACCAAGGAGAAGAGUUGUCUCCUUGUAGGUUUGAUAGAGAAUCCCAUACUAUUUGUCUUCUUGACUGAUCUGGUUCUCCGUAGACAAAGGUUGAGUGGAAGGAAACACCUUUAAAGGAAAUGUUUGUAUCGAUGUAGUUUUUAGUAGCUGAAUUGACUGUGAGAGCAAUGUCAUUUUUCCAGAUCAGAAUCAGACCCCCACUUCUUGGUACUUCUGGUGGCACCGUAAAAUAGUUUUGAGGGUUGAGCCAUUGUAGUUGUUGCAGGGUUUUUUCAUCUGAGUUUUUUGUUUCCAUUAAGAAGAUAAUGUCGGGUUUGUUUCUCUUGUGUAUCUCCUUAAGUCUCUGGACUGUUGCGGAAUUCCCCAAACCGCAACAAUUCCAGCAUGCUAUGACUAAGGAGCCGGGUGUGGAGCAGCCCGAAAAUCCUCCUUCUCUCUAGUCAUUGCAGGGAUGAGUUGGAUCACUGGGUUGCUCGUCCAAGAGGCACCUUCGAUGGCUGCUUUGGUGGAGUAGUUCCUAUUCUGCACUGCGCUGCUUCUUCUAGCAGGUAAAUUCCUUAGACUUGAUAAAUUUCUCUUUUUGGAGCUAGCUCCCCUCAGUAUAUUUGGGUUACCAGCAGAUGAUCUUGUGGUUGCAGGUUUCAUCCUUCUUCUGCGUGGAGUCUCUCUUCCUUUUUCCUCUAUUCUGCUACGAGUAUCUUGGUUGUGAGCUUCAUUCAUUGCCUCUGAAGGAUCGUUUCCCAUAAUCUCUUCAUUAUGGCUUUGUUGUACCACAGGGAGGGAACUUGAUGCCAUGAUUUCUGCUACUGUUUCUUCUACUUCCCCACUUGCUUCUCCCUCGAUUACUCUCCGACGUCUUGCUGCUGCUUCAGUUGGGUCCGUACAGCUGAGGUAUUGGUUUGUAGCUUCCUGUAUAUCCUCCAGAACUUGCUCUGCAGUUUGAGUCUGAGGGCCUGUGAUAUGUGUGAUUACAGGGGGGGGGGGGGGGGGGGGGGGGGGGGGGGCUCAGGGGGGGUGAAAUUUUGUGGUCAGAAGACGGUUCACAAUCUCCUCCAUUUCACCUCGUGCAUCUCCAGCAAGUACUCAUAUACGUCUUGCCGCCGCUUCAGUUGGGUCUUCACAACUCAGGUACUGUCUCGUAUACUCUUGUAGCUGUUCCAUGAUCUCUUCUCUGGUUUGAGUUUGGAGGUUUACGUCUAGAUCCUGUAAAGUUUGCUCUUGUGGAACAGGGGGAGCAGGAGCUUGUCUUGUAGAUGUUGGGGUUGAUUCCUUUUGUCUUGUGUCAAGGUUCUGUUUAACUCUCCACUCCCUUACGUCCUUCUGAGGGAACAAAGGUCCUCUACGGGAUGAUUCGUAGGGAUGAUGUCUUCUUUGUUUUGUGUACUGGGGGGAGGAGUACUCUGCUUUGUCUUGAGGCUCAUGACGACUCCUUCUAGCGUACAUCUGGUGAGGUGAGACUUGUUCCUUCAACGGUGGAGGGUUUCUGGUAUGUCUGGUGCUGAUUCUUUCUCCAUAGCUUCUCCCAUGGCGGUCCACUCGUUUACCGAAGUCGUUGUGAGAUCUAUACUUCUCCACGUUUUCACUUAUUACCCGUUUGGGGUGAUUAUCAGACUGAUAUUCUCCCAUGGUCUCUUUUGGUGGAAUAUAGCUUUCCACUUCAGGUUCCAGAUCUUGACGCUUUUGUUGAUUACAGGGGGGGGGGGCUCAGCGCCUUGGGGGUGAAAUUUUGUGGUCAGAAGACGGUUCACAAUCUCCUCCAUUUCACCUCGUGCAUCUCCAGCAAGUACUCAUAUACGUCUUGCCGCCGCUUCAGUUGGGUCUUCACAACUCAGGUACUGUCUCGUAUACUCUUGUAGCUGUUCCAUGAUCUCUUCUCUGGUUUGAGUUUGGAGGUUUACGUCUAGAUCCUGUAAAGUUUGCUCUUGUGGAACAGGGGGAGCAGGAGCUUGUCUUGUAGAUGUUGGGGUUGAUUCCUUUUGUCUUGUGUCAAGGUUCUGUUUAACUCUCCACUCCCUUACGUCCUUCUGGGGGAACAAAGGUCCUCUACGGGAUGAUUCGUAGGGAUGAUGUCUUCUUUGUUUUGUGUACUGGGGGGAGGAGUACUCUGCUUUGUCUUGAGGCUCAUGACGACUCCUUCUAGCGUCCAUCUGGUGAGGUGAGACUUGUUCCUUCAACGGUGGAGGGUUUCUGGUAUGUCUGGUGCUGAUUCUUUCUCCAUAUCUUCUCCCAUGGCGGUCCACUCGUUUACCGAAGUCGUUGUGAGAUCUAUACUUCUCCACGUUUUCACUUAUUACCCGUUUGGGGUGAUUAUCAGACUGAUAUUCUCCCAUGGUCUCUUUUGGUGGAAUAUAGCUUUCCACUUCAGGUUCCAGAUCUUGACGCUUUUGUUGAUUAUCUUUUUCUGGCAGAGAAGGGCAUAUCUCGCUUCUCUGGGAGAGGCAGAGGCAGAUGGAGCAGUGAUUUUCCAAACGCUCAUACUCCAAGGUAAUCUUACUCUCUUCUCCAGAUCCAUAUUCAAUAAUGUACUCUUUGGUGAGAGGUUUGAGGCCAUUUACCAACACUCUAAUUCUCGCAGAAGUCUUCGUGAGUUCGUAUUUUUCAUAGGUUCCCAGCUCCUUUCCAAUGUUACAGACCAUGGUCUCAUGCCAGAAAUGGAGUGGUAGGCCCUUUAUGCGAACCCAUAAACGAAUGAGAGAGGGAAACGUCUCCGAGAUAAUUGGUUCCCAUCUCUGGAUGAUAACCAUCCAGUAACCGAAGUGGUAGGGUCUGUUAUCUAAGACAUCUCUCAGGUCUUCUUCCUUCUCAAAUCGAAACUGAAAGCAGUUAUGGCCUAGAUCUGAACCCACGACAUCUCCUUGUAUGUUCCAUUUCCUUGGGAGAGAGGUAAUGAGCGUCCUUAUCCUCUGUUCUUGUGGGUUGGUAAGCCUCAAUCAGUGUUAGUGAGUUAUCUUCAAUCAGAGCCGAGGUAUCCAGAGAUGGAGCUCUGAUUCUCUUAACCUGCGGUUCAGCAUGGUCAGAGGCUAAACCCUUGCCUUUCUCAGCCGCAGUAAGUCUUCUUGCCAUAGCGUCUAGUCGACUUCGAGCUCGUAAAAGGAUUUUACGAGGUUUCAGGAUUGUUGCUUACAGAACACGGAUAACGUCAACAGAAGCCUUGCUUGCAAAGGGUCUUGAAGAAUCAGGGAUUUGCAGCCAAGGUUCUUCAGUGUAGAUUGUAGAACUUUUUCUGCUGGGUUGUUGUUUCUUGGAGGAAGCUUCUUUUGGCAAACUUUUAGGGUUGAUGGGGGUUGCGUAGUGGUUUUGAUUUGAAAAAACUUUCUAAACAGAGGAAGUUUAGAGAGUUGUCACCAUCCUUGAAACCCGUGAAGCCUUUUCCUUGUCAAUGCCUGGGGACUCGUGCCUGGGAGAGAAAUCUCGACCAGCUCACACUAUCUGGUCGAACUUUGUACUAAAAUAAAAUGCCUAUGUUCACUGACUCUAUCAAAGAAAUUACAACUGUAACAGAAGUUUCCCCUAUUACCUCAGACACUACUGCUAAAGAGAAGUUCUCUAGCUGCAGAGAUUGUUCCUUUUUCAAAUAGAGUCCCAGCUCCAUAUUCUGUUCA